CUUGCUUUGGAGGCUAUGGCCGACACUCGCGGCUGAUCAACGAGAGACGUGGAGAUUUGUUUAGUUCUGUUCUAUGGGAAUUGCAGCUAUCGUGUUUUAGGUAGCUAGCGGGCGAUAUCAUCAUGGGGGUGGGAGACGACGUGGCCCCCCGCUUCACUCAGAAACCGUCACUACGACAGGCGGACAAUGGACAACGACUUAUAUUCGAGUGCGCCCUUGAGGCUUCUCCUAAACCGGACAUCUCCUGGUUUCGGGGUACAACAGCCAUUACGGGAUCAGACAGGAUUAAAAUGCGGGUAGACCCCGCCGGUGGAAGUGCAUUCAAAGUGAUUAUGGAAAUAGUAAACGUGACACAGGGAGAUGCUGGUACCUACAAGGUUGUAGCCAAGAACAGACUGGGAGAGGUCUCAGCUUCCAUAAACCUGAAUUUCAGCGCUGGUCAGCAAAAACAACAAGAAGGAAUAGCUCCGAACUUCAUUCAGAAGCCAGUAACGAGACAGGAAAACAAUGGACAGAAGCUGUUGUUUGAGUGUCUUCUGACAGCUGACCCUGCCCCGGCCAUCAGCUGGUUCAGGGAUGCCACGCCCAUUCAACAAGGGGGCCGCUUCAAUCUGAAGACUCAGCCCAGAGACAAGAAAACCUACUUUGUUGUACUGGAGAUCAACGGAGUGUCGGCCCAAGAUGCAGGAAACUACAAAGUCACAGCCAAAAACGCAUUGGGCGAGAGCAAUGCCACUAUUAGACUUAAUUUUGACAAUCUUAAACCAGUUGAAGAACCCGGAAAAGGAGGUGGUCGCCCAGUGUUUAUACAAAAACCAGGAAUUCGCCAAGUUGGUGAUAAAAUAGUAAUAGACUGCAAGCUCACUGGUGACCCUAAGCCUACCAUUCAAUGGUUCCAAGGGGGGAAGGAGAUUUUCCCCGGAGGAAGAAUCAACAUGAUCCAUAAUACCACCGGCAACAACCAUGCCGUCUCCCUAGAGAUCGCUCAGGUCGGAGCACAGGAUGGUGGUGAAUACAAGGCCAUUGCUAAAAACAAGCAUGGAGACGCUACAGCAACGAUUACUCUCAACUUUGAAGGUGGAAAGAAACCAAAACUGCCAGAAGGAAAAGCACCCCACUUUCUUCAGAAGCCAUCCAUCAAGCAGCAAGCGAAGUUGUUGGUGAUGUCGUGCCUCCUGGAAGCCAAACCGACCCCUCAGAUCCGCUGGUUCCAAGACACGAAGGAAGUUGGGGAGGGGGGACGCUUUAAUAUUACUCUGAACAGGGAGGGUAGCUCACCCGAUACCUACCUCGCUGUUCUGCAGAUCAAGGAUCCCACUCUGAGCGACGGCGGAACGUACAAAUGCACAGCUGCCAACGACCUUGGAGAAUCCAAUGCUAACAUAACACUGAACUUCCAAGAUCUGCAACCCGGAGGCGAGAAGAAAGCAGCAGGAAUCGCGCCAGUAUUCAAAGAGAAACCAAAGGUCAUCCAGGAAGCUGGUAAAAUCGUCAUGGAAUGCAAAUGCACAGCUAGCCCCAAGCCCGGAAUCACCUGGUUCAAGGGCACACAACAACUGGCAGCAGGACCUCGUCACAAACAGACUGUGACUGAAAACGGGAACGACUACACUCUCAGAAUGGAAAUUUCAAACUUUACCAAAGAUGAUGGAGGUGUGUACAAAGUCACGGCCAAGAACGAUGCUGGAGAAGGAAGCGCCAACAUCACGCUGAACCUGGAACCACCGAAGCCAGCACCCCCGAAGAUUGAAGGGAAACCUUCUAUCCGUCUGGAAGAGAAGGAUGGAGUGAUCGUGAUGGAACAGCCCAUCUCCUCCCCGGUUAAACCCACGGUCAUGUGGUACUUCAACGGCCAGCCACUGAAACCAGGCGGUCGUUACGUUAUGGACAUGCCACAAGAAAAGGGACUGUACUAUCCCACGCUGGAGAUCGAAGAUUUCAAUGACAAGGACUCGGGUAACUACAAGUUGGUCAUACAGAACCCCGGAGGCGAGAUCAGCGUCCCCAUGGCUCUCAAUGUUGCCGCACUGAGGCCAAAGGUUAAAGGAGAAGCACCGAAGUUCACACAGAAGCUUUCUCCAAAGACUGCUAUUGACGGAGAUGCUGUGGACUUUGUGGCCAAAAUCACUGGCACCGAGCCUGUCACCACGACGUGGACAAAGGACAAGAAGGUGCUGAAGAAUUCCGAAGUCCACAACAUCACCUACGAUAAGGGAAACUGUAGGCUAUACAUUCCUGAAGUGUUCCCAGAGGAUUCCGGAAACUACAGCAUUGAAAUUAAAAAUAAAUUUGGCUCUGCCAGUGCCAUGGCGAGUCUUCAAGUGAAAGAAAACGAGAAAAAGAAACAGGAGAUGAAAGUUGAGGAGAAGCUGGAACAGCAAAAGAAACAAGCAGAACCCAAAAAAGAACCCACACCACAACCCAAAGAAGAACCCAAACCUGAGCCCAAAAAAGAUCCUAAGCAAGAAGCAAAGAAAGAACCAGAAAAGAAAGAGCCAGAAAAGAAAGAGCCAGAAAAGAAAGAGCCAGAAAAGAAGGAGCCUGCUAAGAAAGUCGAACCUAAACCUGAAGAAAAGAAAGCAGCUCUUAAAAAGGAACCUUCUCCUAAAAAGGAGCCCUCUCCUAAAAAAGAGCCUCCCAAACCUCCCACUAUUGUUGAACCCGAAGAACCCCAGAAGAAAGAGGCCAAAGGUAAAAAGGAAGACAUGAAUGACACAAAUAGUAAUAAUAAUCCGGGUAGGAGUGGAAAGGCAGGUAAAGGAAAGCAGCGCGCUUACCAGAAGAAGCCGACAACCAUUCUUGAGGAAGAUGAUGAAGAACACAAGGAUGACGGUUACGAAGCUGAUGUUGAUCGUCCCGUUGCCCCGGAUAUCAGCAUAAAUGACUAUGAUGAGGAUGAUGGAAAAGCAGGGGAAGAUGACAGCAGGAGGAUGUCUAAAUCGGCAAAGGGGAAAAGCGAUGGACCAAUCCUGGCAGAGAAGCCUGGAAAUGUUGUGGUACAAGAAGGCAAGGAUCUCAGGGUCCAGUUCAAGCUGGACCUUCAAGGGAAGCCCCCACCAAGUGUGCGUAUAUUCCGAGCAGGAAGAGAGGUGCGUGAAGACACAAGGACCAGCAUUGUGGCAGAAAAGGGUAACUGUUAUCUCGAGAUCAAGAAGACUCGCAUCCAGGAUGAGGCUAAAUACUCUGUUGUCCUGGAACAAAAUGGGAUGAAAACUGAUGAGGCAACAUUCAGUGUGUUCAUUAAGGAUCCCAAGGAUUCAGCCCUGGAUUUCCGGUCUCUGCUGAAACACAGGGACACGGGCAAGAAAGAGGAGGAGGAUGACGGCGUCGACUGGGGAAAUCUCAAACCAGAGGAAGUGGACAAGAAGGGCCGGCGCUUGUCUCAGAUCGAGAUGAUGAGGAAGGGGCUGAAGAAGGUGGAGAAGGCAGAAGGAAGUGACAGUGAGGAGGAGAAGCAGAAGGAAUCGGCUCGCAGACAGUCAGUUGAGCUGGAGGCGCCCGUAAAGAAAGUUUCUGCUGAAAAGCUGGAAGCCCUCGAACAGCAGACGCGUAGGGCAUCAAUGCAAAUGCGUAGGGCAUCGUUAGCAGAAUGUAUUCCUGAUUGGCCUACGCUGUCAAAGCGACACGUCAUUAAAGAGGAGCCAGACAAGUUCUUAAAGGAGCUGGAUGAUGUCAAGUGUAUUGAAGGAAAGGACCGCAUUACCUUUUCGUGCGAGUUCUGCAAACCAAAUGCCCAGGUGCGAUGGUUCAAGAACAAGAUGGAUAUUUUCCAUGGCCACAAAUACCAUUUGACAAAUGACGAUCAUGAGUACAAGCUGGAGCUGUACAACGUGAAGCCAGAAGAUGGUGGCAAGUACACAUGUCAGUGUAACGACGUCACCACCUCAGGCUGGUUGUAUGUGGAAGCCAAGGAGCCUGAGUACUACUUCACUCAGAAGCUGCCACAGCACCAUGAGAUCACCAGGAAGAAGGCUGGCAUGUUGGAGUGCUUCAUCUCUGACCCCAGGGCCAGGGUCAAGUGGUACAAGGGAGAUGAAGCACUGGAGUACACCCCUGGUAUCUACGAGAUCCAGAGGCGAGAAAACAGAUGUAUUCUCAAGUUCCCAGAUGCUCAGUCCGACUUGGAGGGAGAGUACACUUGCCGUUGUGGAGACGCUAUCACUAGCUGCGAUCUCUAUGUGGAAGAACCUGAGUGGGAGUUCAUGAAGAAGCUGGAGGAUGUAGAGGCUGUUGAACGUGAAAAGGCCAUCUUCACAUGCGAUGUCAGCGACCCAGAGGCUGAAGUCAGCUGGUUCAAGGAUGAGAAGGAACUUAAAGCAGGUGGUAAAUUCCUGUUUGAGAAGGAUGGCUUGAAGCGCCGUCUGGUUGUGAAGAACUGCAGUAUCAAGGACGAUGCCAAAUACAGCUGUCAUAUGCUCAACCAGUCCACAUCAGCUGAUCUGUUUGUGUCUCCUGAUGUCCGCUUCAUGAAGAAGUUGGAGAACAAGACCGUGAAGGAGGGCGAGAACCUGGUCCUGGAAUGCAAGGCAGCCAACCCUCACAAACACCCUGUCAAGUGGUUCAAGAAUGGACAACCUAUUGGAGAUGAUGUUAGGAUCGACAUCACACAGAAGGGAGAAUCCUUCAAGCUGACCAUCAAGGGAGCCAAGCCAACAGAUGAAGCUGAAUACAAGCUUCAGAUUGGUGAACGACCAACCAAGUCUCAGGUCACCGUUCAAGAACAGCCCAAGCCUCCCAAGAUUGACCCUAGUGCUAUUCCCAAGGAGAUCUUUGUGAAGAAAGGAGAAAGGAUUGAACUUGACAUUCCUUUCGUUGGCGCCCCUCUUCCAAGAGCACAAUGGGCAAAGGAUGGCCAGCCUCUUAGUGAAGCUGACCUUGACAUUGAGACAUCUAAGGACACCAAACUGAUCAUCCCAGAUGCCCAGAGAACUGAUACCGGAACAUAUGAGCUGUCCUUGACCAACGAGGCUGGUUCCGACAAGAUCCCAGUCAAGAUAACUGUUAUGGACAAGCCUGGCAAACCCAAAGGACCCCUGGAUGUGACAGACAUCUAUGCCGAUCGCUGUGCCCUGUUGUGGGACAAACCAAAAGAUGAUGGUGGCGCUCCUAUCACUCACUACUUGGUUGAGAAGAUGGACUCUGCUACUGGCAAAUGGGAGCCAGUCUGUGAGACAGAUGACCUUGAAGUUGAUGUCAGUGACCUGACACCAGGUCACAAGUAUCAGUUCCGUGUGGCCGCUGUCAACUCGGAAGGCGUCAGUGAAUAUUUACCAUCAGACGGAGAAAUCCUUGCCAAGGAUCCAUGGGAUCCUUCCGAUCCACCAGGAACUCCAGAAAUCAUUGAUUACGACAAGGACUAUGCCGAAAUCAAGUUCGACCCACCCAAGAAAGAUGGUGGCGCCCCCAUCCAGAGUUACGCAGUUGAAUACAGAGAGAAGGGAACAGAGGAAUGGAAGAAGGGUACUGACGUUCCCGGUUCAGCUGACACCGCAACUGUCGAUGGCCUUAAGGAAGGCAAAGAAUACGAGUUCCGAGUCAAGGCUAAGAACAAGGCCGGACUAUCGGAGGGCAGUGAGUGCUCCGGACCUGUGGUCCUCAAGUCAAGGAGAGCCCGUAUCAACCACCAGGAUGUCACCAAGAAGAUUCAGAUUAAGGCCGGGCAGCCCUUCUCUAUCCCUGUCACCUAUAUUGGCGAACCAGCACCCAAGGCAACAUGGACUGUCAAGGGACUGGCUGGAACUGAGAUUCCUCUCGAACCAUCAGAGAAGGUGGCUAUCAAUAACGAGCCAAAGAAGUCGACUGUGGACAACAACAAAAGUGUCAGGAAGGACACGGGUCUCUACACCAUUACUGUUGCCAACAAGCAUGGCCAAGAUACAGAAACAGUGGAAGUUGUUGUCCUUGGUCCACCAUCAAGACCAUCUGGUCCACUGGCUGUCAAGGAUGUAACCAAGGAUAGCGCCACUUUGAGCUGGAAACCUCCCCCAGACGAUGGCGGCAAUGAUAUCACCAAUUACCGUGUGGAGAAGUUUGACACGAAGAAGGGCAAGUGGGAGAAGGUUGCGGAUGCAGUUGGAAAGAAGUGUGUUGUUCCAAAACUUCAAGAAGGCCAUGAGUACAAGUUCCGCGUCAUUGCCGAGAACCGCAAUGGAGAGUCCGAACCCCUGGAGACUGAGGAUCCCAUCACAGCCAAGAAUCCAUUUGAUGAACCUCUACCUCCUGGUCAGCCCCAGAUCACAGACACUGACCGCAACCACAUCGACAUGAAGUGGGACCCUCCAGAGGACGAUGGUGGUGCUCCUGUCACCAGCUACGACAUCGAGAGGAAAGAUCCCAAGUCUGGUCGCUGGGUCAAAAUCAACAAGGCUCCAGUGGAGGGCAACACUUACAAAGAUGACAAGGUGUCUGAAGGAAAGGAGUACGAGUACCGCGUCAUCGCCCACAACGAGGCUGGAGGCUCUGCACCCAGCCACGCCUCUAAGCCAGCCAUUGCCAAGCCUACCAAGGAGGCACCCAAGGUGAGUCUGGACAAUCUCUUCGGAGCCAAGGAGAUCCGUGUCCGUGCUGGAGAACCUCUGGACAUUGCCCUGGGAAUCAAGGGAGCACCUGCCCCAACUGUGGAAUGGCUCCGGAAUGGAAAGCCUGUUGGAGAUAGAGCAAGAAUGACCAACAAUGAAACUGAGGCCAAGCUGAACAUUCCCCGUUCCGAGCGUGGUGACACCGGCAAGUACAGCAUCAAGGUGAAGAACGCCCAUGGAGAGGACGUCGCGGAUGUCAACGUUGUUGUCCUGGACAAGCCAGCUGCACCUGACGGACCUCUGGAUGUUGCUGAGGUCACUGCUGAAACCUGCAGGCUGAAGUGGAAGCCACCAACAGACAACGGAGGCGCUGAGGUCACAGGGUACGUCAUCGAGAAGUGUGAGGAGGGUAGCACUCUGUGGGAGAAAGUGCCCGGACUGCCUACAGGAACAUCUCACCUGGUCAAGGGGCUCAAGGAGGGAAAGACAUACCAGUUCCGUGUCAAGGCUGAGAACAUCUAUGGCACUGGAGAACCUCUGGUUGGAAAUAAGGUUCUUGCCAAGAAUCCAUUUGACGCCCCAGAUGCUCCCAGAGACCUUGCUAUUGCCAAGUACGACAAGUUCUCCUGCACCUUGGAAUGGAAGCCUCCAUUGUCUGAUGGCGGCAACCCUGUCACAGGCUACGCUGUCGAGAAGAGGGAACGUGGCCGUGACUGGAUCAGGGCGAGCUCCUUCCCUGUCCCCGACACUUCCUUCACUGUGCUCAACCUGAAGGAAGGCAGUGAUGUGGAGUUCCGGGUUAUGGCCGUGAAUGAGGCCGGUCCAGGCAAACCCAGCAAGUCCACACCUUCUCACACCGUUCGGGAUCCCAUCUUCCCUGCCGGUUCGCCAACUCAGCCCAACGUGGACAAAAUCACCAAGAACUCUGUUGGCCUGUCCUGGAACAAACCAACCAGCGAUGGUGGCAGCAAACUCACAGGGUAUGUUAUUGAGAAGAAGAAGAAGGGUGAAGACGAUUGGACGGAGUGUCUGACUCUUCCUGCUACCGCCACGCAGGGAACUGUGCCUAAUCUGAAGGAGGGCGAUGAAUAUUCAUUCCGCAUCCGGGCUGUGAAUGGUGCCGGUCUUGGAGAACCCAGCAGGCCGACAAAUGUGCUCACAAUUGAGGAUCAACCAGAGAAGCCCAAGAUGGAUAUGACUGGAGUGAGGGACAUCACUGUCAAGGCUGGACAGGAAUUCCAGAUCAAGAUCCCCUUCGUAGCCACGCCCAAACCCAAGGCUACAUGGAAGCUUGGUGAUGAUGAGGUGGAGGAAUCUGCUAGAACAACAUUCAAGCUCGGAGAAGAUCUCGCUGUCCUGGCUGUUGCCAAGUCAAAGCGCGAAGAUGCUGGCCGAUACUCUCUGACCCUGAAGAAUCCAUCUGGAUCAGAAACCGUGCUUCUCAAUGUCAACGUCCUUGACAAACCCAAGCCUCCAAAGGGACCGAUCACCGCAUCAGAAAUUGAUGGUGAAUCCAUGACCUUGAACUGGCAAGCUCCCGUGGACAGUGGCGGUGAGCCCAUCGCCAACUACAUCGUGGAGAAGCGCAAGGCCGGCAGCAACCGGUGGCAGAAGGUCAGCAGCUUCGUGUCCAGCCCCAAGUGCACCGUCAGGAACCUGGAACCCGGGGAGAAGUACGAGUUCCGCAUCAUGGCUGAGAACUCUCAGGGCGUCAGUGAGCCACUUGAGACAGAUGAAGCUAUUCUCUCCAAGCUGCCAUUUGAUCCCCCUUGAGCUCCCAGCUCCCCCAAGAGUAUUGGAACCACCGAGGACUCCAUCACCUUGUCAUGGAACCCACCCAAGAGAGAUGGUGGCGCCGAGAUUCUUGGAUACCAAGUGGAGAAGAGAGAAAAGGGAGAUAACAAGUGGACCAAGGCCAAUGUGUCUGACAUCAACGACACAGAAUACACAGUCAAGGGUCUGCAAGACGGCAAGGACUACGAGUUCCGCGUGUGUGCCGUCAAUGCCGCUGGGCCCGGAGAACACAGCGAGUGCUCCGAUUCCAUCAAGGCACAACCACCUCCAAUGGCACCAAAGAUCAACCGAGACUUUGCAAUCCGUGACGUUGUAGCCAAGGUUGGAGAACCAUUCAAGAUAUCCAUUCCAUUCAAUGGCAGACCUAUACCUACCGCCGCCUGGACUCAGGGAGGUCUCACAGUACAUGAGACAGAUCGUGUUAAGUUCAGGAACGACCCCACGGAGAUCUUGUUGCUCAACAAGAAGGCCGAGAAGGGAGACACAGGCAAAUACACCGUGUUGUUGACCAACGAGAAGGGAAGCGACUCCAUCUCACUCAACGUCACUGUGUUCGAUGCUCCAUGCAAACCUGAAGGACCCCUGGACGUGUCAGAGGUCACACCAGACUCCUGCAUUCUUAAAUGGUCUCCACCAAAGGAGGACGGCGGCAGCCCCAUCAGCAACUACAUCGUUGAGAAGCAGGACAAGAGGACGGGCAAGUGGGAACCAGUCACCAAGUUUGUCCGUGGAACCAGCUACGAGGUCAUGGGUCUCACUGAAGGUCAUGAGUACAACUUCCGUGUGUCAGCUGAAAACGAACAUGGCAUCAGUGAGCCAUUGGAGACGACCAUGUCUGUCUGUGCUCAAUACCCAUACACAACUCCCGAUCCACCAUCUACACCUGAGGUGCUGGAUGUUGAUGAUGGCAGCGUCACUCUGUCCUGGGCUCGGCCCAAGAACGACGGAGGCAAGAAGAUUCAAGGCUUCGUUAUUGAGUACAAGGAGCCCAGCAGUGGCAGAUGGAAGACCUACAACGAUGCUCCCAUCAAGGAAACCACAACAACAUUGGAAGGCCUAAAGAAGGAUGCUGAGCUGGAGUUCCGUGUGAGGGCUAAGAACAGCGCCGGUCUUGGAGAGCCCAGCAGCUCGACAGGACCCGUCUUGAUCAAACCAAAAUACACCAAACCAUCAGUGCCAGGCGUGCCGUCCCCUGCUCAUAUCGGCAGAAGCUUCGUGGAGCUGAAAUGGGACAAACCAAGAUUGGACGGUGGCAGCAAGAUCACAGGUUACAUUGUCGAGAAGCGUGAGAAGGGCUCCACCUACUGGACAAAGGCCACAGACUACCCAUGUAUCGACAAUGAAUACACUGUAGCCAACCUACCCGAGAACGCUGAGUUUGAGUUCCGAGUUAUUGCUGUCAACGCAGCCGGAAAGAGUGAGCCAAGUUUGGAGUGUGCUCCAAUCAAAAUCAAGGAGAAAAUUGUUGGAUCUGAGCCUGACUUUGUCAAGAAGCUACAGAAUGUCAAGGCCGCUCUUGGUGGCGAGGCCGCCUUCAGUGUGGAAUUCAAGGGUCAACCCAAACCUGAGAUCUACUGGUUCAAGAAUGGAAUUGAAAUGGGCUCAUCAGGACGUAACCGUAUGCGAAUGGAUGGCGAUGUGUGCACAUUCACCAUCGGUGAGGUGUACGACAAGGACGCUGGCGACAUCUCCUGUGAGUUGGUGAACAGCCUGGGACGUGUCUCCUGCUCCUGCAACCUUGCUGUGCUGUCACCUCCUCGUCUGGAGAAGGAUAUCCGCGACCAGAAGGUUGAGAAGGGCGAACAGUUCAAGAUCAAGAUCCCCUUCAGUGGAACCGGACCCUUCGACGUCAAGGUCAAGAGGGACAACAAGGAAGUUCCAGAGAGUGACCGGGUCAAGAUCUCUGUGUUUGAUGAGUACAUGACACUCACCCUCAAAGACACUGACAUUGAUGACACUGGCGCCUACAAGGUCGAGAUUAGCAAUGACAGCGGAACAUGUACUGCUCCAUUCAAGCUCAAAGUCGUCAGCCCACCAUCUACACCAACUGGACCCCUCAACGUGUCCGACAUCACCAAAAACACGUGCCGCCUGGCCUGGAAACCACCCAAGGAGGAUGGUGGCGCCAAGGUGACGUCAUACGUCGUGGAGAGACAGGAAGUGGGCAAGCCCUACUGGGUGACAGUCUCCUCACAGUGCAGGGAUACCUCCUUCGACGUGCAGGGUCUCUAUGAGAACAGCCAGUACUUGUUCCGUGUCAGCGCCGUCAACGAGUUCGGACAGGGAGAACCACUCAUUGCUGAGAGCCCCAUUGUCGCCAAGAUGCCAUUCGAUGCUCCUCAGUCCCCUGGAACUCCAGAGGUCACAGAGGUCGGAGGCGACUUCGUCAGCCUCACCUGGGAUAAACCCAAGUCUGAUGGCGGUGGCCGUAUCAGUGGUUACUGGAUCGACAAGCGUGAACAUGGCACUGACAACUGGUCCCGCAUCAACAUGUCGCCCUGCCUCACCAACAUGAUCAACAUCCCCAACCUCAUCGAGGACCGCAAGUACGAAUUCCGCGUGUUUGCCGAAAACGAGGCUGGCAUGAGCAAACCGUCAAUGGCCUCCACCAGCGUCAAGAUCAAGGAUCCUAAAGCUGCUGUUAUUCCCGAGUUCAGCAGUGGUCUCCGCAAGGUCCAGGCAGUCCAGGGCAAGUCUGCCCGCUUCGAGUGUGAAGUGUCUGGAACACCAAAGCCAGAUGUCCAAUGGUUCAAGGGUGUUCGUGAGAUCUAUGACAGUGACAAGUUUGAGAUCUUCACUGAGGGAGACAAGCAGGUGCUUGUUGUCCAUGAUGUGUUUGGUGAAGAUGCAGAUGAGUACACCGUCCGUGCCACAAACAGGGGAGGAUCACGUGCAUCACGUGCUGAGCUCGAGAUCAGAUCACCCCCCAAGAUCAACGUACCUCCACGUUUCCGUGACAUCUGCACAUUCGAGAAGGGUGAGACAUGUGUUCUGAAGAUUCCAUUCAUGGGCAACCCCAAGCCUGACGUCAAGUGGAUCCGUGAUGGAGAGGAGCUGCGCGGAAGUCACUACAACAUUGAGGUUACCGACCGCCACGCCAUCCUCACCAUCAAGGACGCAACCAAGGAUGACGACGGACCCUACAGGCUGCAGCUGGAGAACAGCCUUGGCCAGGACUCUGUAGUGCUGAAGCUCCAGGUUAAUGAUCACCCUGACUCGCCACGUUUCCCCAAAGUGGAGAACAUCCGUGAUGACUCUGUUGUGUUGUCAUGGAAACCACCACUGAAUGAUGGCGGCAGCUUCAUCACAGCAUAUGUUGUGGAGAAGAGAGAGCUCCCAUCCAACAAAUGGAUCAGAUGUGCUUCCACUAGGUUUGAGUUCCAUAACGUCUCAGGUCUGUCCCCAAACAAGGAGUACGAGUUCCGUGUCGUAGCUGAGAACUUCUAUGGUCGCAGUGAAGCAUGCGAGCCCACGACCACCAUCAAGACCGACGAGCCAGAGUCUGUCCGCAAGAAGAAACAAAUGGAAGAUGAGUUUGGCAGAAAGGUCAGAGGCAAAUACGAUGGACCAAAGAUCAAUGACUAUGAUAAGUUCUACGAUGACAUCUGGAAGAAGUUCGUGCCACAGCCUGUGACGGUGAAACAGGCCAGCGUGUACGACUACUACGACAUCCUGGAGGAACUUGGAAGUGGUGCUUUUGGUGUUGUCCAUCGCUGUGUGGAGAAAGCAACAGGCCGCGUGUUUGUGGCCAAGUUCAUCAACAGCCCCUACCCUCUGGACAAGGCCACUGUGAAGAACGAGAUCAACAUCAUGAACCAGCUCCACCAUCCCAAGCUCAUCAACAUGCACGACGCCUUUGAGGAUAAAUACGAGAUGGUUCUCAUCCUGGAGUUCUUGGCUGGUGGUGAGUUGUUCGAUCGUAUCGCUGCUGAGGAUUACAAAAUGUCUGAGGCAGAGGUGAUCAACUACAUGAGACAAGUCUGUGAGGGUCUCAAACACAUGCACGAAAACAGCAUUGUCCACCUCGAUAUCAAGGUAUGGUGAACCGAGAAUAUUAUGGUUGAAACCAAGAAAAGCACCAAUGUCAAGAUCAUCGACUUCGGUCUUGCCACCAAGCUCAAUCCUGAUGAGAUUGUCAAGGUUACCACAGCAACAGCGGAGUUUGCAGCCCCUGAGAUUGUGGAUCGUGAACCUGUUGGUUUCUACACUGACAUGUGGGCAGUUGGUGUGCUCGCCUAUGUUCUGUUGAGUGGAUUGUCUCCCUUCGCCGGCGAAGAUGACCUAGAGACUCUGCAGAAUGUGAAGCGUUGUGACUGGGACUUUGACGAGGAAGCAUUCAGCAAUGUCUCCAAGGAGGCUAAGGAAUUCAUCAAGUCCCUCCUGGUCAAACAGGCGCCAAAGAGGAUGAACGUCCAUGAUUCUCUGGAACACCCAUGGCUCACUGGUGACCACAGCAACCUGACAACCAGGAUCCCGUCCAGUCGCUACAACAAGAUCAGACAGAGAAUCAAGGAGAAAUACGCUGACUGGCCCCAGCCCAUGCCCGCCAUUGGUCGGAUCGCCAACUUCUCCUCACUCAGGAAACACCGACCCAAAGAGUACCAGAUCUACGACAGCUACUUCGAUCGUAAGGAGGCUGUUCCAAGAUUUGUGCGCCGCCCACGUAACGCUACAGUUCCUGAAGGACAGACUUGCAAGUUCGACUGCAAGAUCAUUGCAGCAUCUCCACCAAUCGUUACUUGGUACAAGAACGACAGUCUGCUGACACAGAGCAUCAAAUACAUGCAGAAAUACAUGGGCAACGAGUUCGAGCUGAAGAUCUCCCGUGUCAAGAUGGAGGAUAAGGGAGAGAUCCUUGUUCGGGCUGAGAACUCUUUUGGCAGGAAGGAAGAAAAGUGCAAACUUAACAUUGAGCCUGGACUGGAUGCCUUCAGGCCUCCCAGCAGAGAGACAACUCCAAUGCGAAGGAGGCGUGAAUAUGAGGACAUCCAAUUCGAGAAACCAAAGGAAGAUGAACCACCAAACUUCAACUUUGACCUCCGACCUCGUACUAUCCAGGCUGGUACAGAGUUCAAACUCAUCUGCUGUGUCAAGGCUCAUCCCCAACCAAAGGUACAAUGGUCGAAGGACGGCCGUGACCUGUCUGACGGUGACCACUUCAACAUUACCUACUCCCACGGCGUGUGUACUCUGGAGAUCCAGAACGCCCGUGUCGAGGACACUGGCAGAUACACAUGUGUGGCCACCAACCCCCUGGGCGACCACGAGACCAACACCCGAGUCACAGUUGAAGGAAGGACAGUGACAGCAGCUCCAAGAGAACUGUGUCCCGUAUGGCUCGCCGGACCAAGUCGUGGCGUCAACAUUGAGGAGUACGAAGAGUCCUCCUCCUUCUCCACAUCUUCUUCCUCCUCGUCCUCCAAGACACGCCGCUUCCAGCGAGAGGAAGUCACAGAGUCCUCUUCUUCCUCCUCUUCCUCAAGGAGAAAAGAGGAAAAACCUGUAGAGGUGGUGCCACAGUUUUCUGAAAACCUCUCCCCUGUGUCCUUGACCGAGGGAGAACGGCUAGCUCUACAGUGCACCGUGUCCGGCAAACCAGAACCCAAUGUUGAGUGGUACUUUAACGGACAGAUGAUGAAAUCGGACGACGUAGUAUCUCUAAGUUAUAGCAAUGGUGUGUGUAAAUUAGUUAUUUCGGACACAGUUAUAGACGACGAAGGUACCUACGUAUGUAAAGCUUCCAACCCUGCAGGUGUUGCAUCCACCAGAACCAACGUUACCGUUAAAGGCAAGGUCACUCCCAGCGCCCCCAAACCAGCGGCAGCUCCUGCUGAAACAGAAAGCCAGCCAGAGCCUGUAGAGCCCCUGCCACCAGCGGACACGCCCGCACCUGAACCAGAAAGCCAGCCAGCCCCUGUCGAGUCCGUCCCCCCAGAGGACACUCCCGCACCUGCUCCAGAAACACCAGUUGCAGAACCAGCGGUGCCUGAGACAGAACCAGAAUCUCAGCCACAAACUGAAGAGAGUGCACCUGCACCUGCACCUGCCCCCGCCCCAGAGGCUGAGGCUCCCGCCCCCACCCCAGAGGCCGAGGCCACACAACCUACAGGGGGAGAAGAAAAAGAACCCGUUGCCCCUGCUCCAGGGAAGAAAUCUGACAUUGAAGUCCCAAGUUUCCUAGACCAAGUUCAAGGUCAGAUUGUUCUAGAUGGAGACCAGGUGACCUUCCAGUGCAGGAUAUCAGGUAACCCUGAAGUCCAAUGGUUACGGGAAGGCAAGACAAUCAAGGACUGUGGAGACUUCCAGUACGAGAAGUCUGGCGAUAGCUACAAACUGGUAAUGGCUGAGGUGUUUCCCGAAGACAGUGGUGUUUACGAGUGUGUCGCUACCAACGCUGCUGGAUCAAUCUCAAGUGCUGCCUCGCUACUCGUACAAGUUCCCGAUGAGAAACCAACCGGUCCUGUUUUCGUCACAUUCCCCAAGUCCCAAAACGCGGAUGAGGGGAGUUCUGUCAAGUUGUCUUGCAGUGUAGAAAGCCAGUCUUCACCUACAGUUUCCUGGAGCCGCGCCGGCCGAGAAAUUGAGGAUACUGGACGGUUCAAAUUCACCCAAGAUGGCAAGAACUUCACUUUCGAGAUUCCCGCCGUGCUGUCCACUGAUUCCGGAGCAUACACAGUAAAGGUCAAGGAUGACUCUGGCAGUGCGACAUGGGCGUUUUCUUUACAUGUUGCCAUCGACGAAUCCGCAGGGGGUGAUGUGGACGUUCAGCAAUUUCUCAAGUCUGUCGCAUAAUCCAGACCCUGCCCAUAGCCUGCCCAGCUCCUCACGCCAUCUCUAUCGACCUGAGGCGUAGUGCAUGACUGAUUUACUGGACAGACUGAUUUCACUAUCGUCAAACUGUGAUCCAUCAUCUAUAAAUAUGUAUCACCAGCCGAACUCCACCCAAGACAAAAACUCAAUAAAAAUAUGACCUGGUUUGGCCGAGUUUUCAACUCUUUCCACCAAAGCCUUGUCACACAUUUGGAAUAUAAUGUAAAUUUAUGCAGUGACCCGAUUUUGAAGAUUUGUAUAGUGUGUUGUACUACUGGUCAAUUGCAGAAUUUGAUUUCCUUUUCUAUGGACUGUUAAUAUUAUUGUGAAGAUAUUUAAAUACAAAUUUUAAGUUAUUGGCAGAAAUGCUAGAUUAUAGAACAUGACUUAUGUUUUAAAGAAGAAUGGUCAAUCUUGAUCUUUGUUCCUAUAUAUGAAUGAACCCCAAACAACUUUUUUAAAAGAUUGUUAAUGUCAUAUUUUCACUAAUUAUUAACCACACAUUUUUGUUAAAUAUUGUAAAUUUUGUUUUGGAGUAUUGAAUGAAUGAAUGGCGAGUGUUUGAGGGUCCUGAUGGGGCAGACCAGACGUCAAAAGUUGGUUUCUAGGUAAAUUAUUAAGAUCAAGACGAAUUGGUAUCAGGAUAUAAAUAUAAAGAUAGCUUUAAGCAAAUGUUUUAUUGUAAUCAUGCCUAAGUCUUUCACAUGUAAACAUUUAAUUCCAUUUGUUGUUUUGUUGUUAAUGGGUUGUACCAAAAAAUAUCUAUAGAAAAUUUAUUUUUGGAAAUAUAUUUGUGUAAAUUUUAAUUGUAAAUCAUGUAAAGCAAGAAUAUAUCAUUUUAGAGUAGAAAAAACAAUAUAGUUAACUUUUGACUGCUGAUACCCCCUUCUGCCCCCUCUGAAAGAAAGUGUGUAUUUUCACUUUACUAUGUAGACGCUGCUUCACAAACCUCUCGGCAGGUCGUCCCCACAGGCUCGUUUGAAGCUGACAAAAUAUUGAUACAGGAGACAAUGCUAGAGUCACGUGUUUCAAAUGAUUAAUCAAGAGAUGGUUGGAAGGUAGAAUAAUACUUUCCCAACAACUUGUAUUCAGUGUCUGAAAUUUACACUUCUUAUGGUACAUCUACAUUGUAGAGGGUGAUCAUUACGACGUUUCUUAUAUUUAGUAUCAGCUCACUAGAUGUGGAGUGUUUUUUGUGUUCAUAAAGAUAUCUUAAGUUUUCAUCUUUAGUUUGAAGUAGUUGUUGAGAUAAUCUGAGAAACUGCCAUGGAUCAUACUGUAUCAUCAACACAAACUUGAGAUGAAAACGGUCAAGGGGAGAUAACCGAACUGCCGUUUCAUUGUGAACACAAUCUCAAACAUUCAUAUCAAUGGAGUCAUAAAAUGUGACCUUGUAUUUGUUUUGAUGUGGAAUGUUAGUGUGAAAUCCAAAUAUGAAAUAAUCGCGAUCUUAUGAAUAAUUAUAGAUGACAGCUUCAAAUGAGCGUCUGCGGACAUCUUGUAAGGCCUGGUACUGUUAAGUACUGUUGUCGACUGUUCUGUGUGUGGCCUGUCUCUCUGCGACGGUGUGUGCGAGUGUGUGGUGCGCACGUCGUGAGCGAGACACAGCCCUCUUCAAGCUGCUAUGUUGGAUUGAGUUUUGUUCAAGUUGGACAAUGGUGCUGCUGCUCCCCUCCCGCCUGUACCAACCCAGAGUUCAAUAAAACACGGAAAACAA